GGGAGCGUGUUUGUGUUACAUCAUCAACCCAAGCGCACAACAGCAUCUUGCCUGCCUGCAGCCUGCUGCCGCUGCCCCUGCCGCAGCGGUGCGUCAAAAUUAGCAGCAGGGAGUGUACACAGUUCACACCCUCCUAUAUUUUCCUCCUCUCUUAUCCCCGUAGCCUCCACUAUUAACACUCACUCUAGUGUGUAAGCCCAUCUUAAGCUCGGCCAAGAACAUACGAGAGAUUCGAAGGAAAAAGGAAAGAAGGAAGCUUCAGCGUGCGCUGAGCCGCCGACAACCAUGGACUUCGACGAGCACGAUGACGGCGACGGCGAUGAGGAGAUGCCGCCGAUUCCAGUGAGCUCGAGCUACGAGCCGCAGCUGCCGCCGCGGCUGGGACUGGGAGACUCCGGAAGCGGGGGCUUCAGGACGCCAGGCGGCGGCGGAGGAGGAGGGGGAGCUGGUGGGGGCACGAGGUAUCGGGAGUGCCUCAAGAACCACGCUGUCGGCAUCGGCGGGCACGCGGUGGACGGCUGCGGCGAGUUCAUGGCUGCGGGCGAGGAGGGCUCCAUCGACGCGCUCCGCUGCGCCGCCUGCGGCUGCCACCGCAACUUCCACCGCAAGGAGUCCGACUCUCCCACGGGCGCCGCUUCCGCUGAGCCUGCCGCCCUAUCCCCGGCCGCCAUCACCGCCUACGGCGCCGCGCCGCACCACCAAUUCUCCCCCUACUACCGCACCCCGGCCGGGUACCUCCUCUACCAGCACCAGCAGAUGGCGGCAGCGGCCGGGCACCUGCAGCGGCCGCUCGCGCUCCCUUCCACCUCCCACUCUGGCCGCGACGAGGGCGACGACAUGUCCGGGAUGAUCGGCCCCAUGGUGGUGGCGCCCAUGGUGGGCAUGUCCCUCGGCUCCGGUGGCCCGUCCGGCUCCGGCUCCGGGUCCGGCAAGAAGCGUUUCCGCACCAAGUUCACUCAGGAGCAGAAAGACAUGAUGCUGGCCUUCGCGGAGCGGCUGGGUUGGCGCAUCCAGAAGCACGACGAGGCCGCCGUGCAGCAGUUCUGCGAGGAGGUGCGCGUCAAGCGCCACGUGCUCAAGGUCUGGAUGCACAACAACAAGCACACCCUCGGCAAGAAGCCCUGAUGCCCGCCGCCCCGGUGCUUGCUAGCUAGGUAUACCACUACUGCUGAUCGCAUUGCACCGUCUCCCUCCUUAGCGGCUUAGCCUUUUCUAUUUGCCUUCUUUUUAGCUCACUAGCUUAGGUUGUUAGCGAGCAGCGGUUCUUGGUUUUAGCUAAGAUCGAGGAGGUGGCUGUUGUUUGUUCCUUUCUUCCUUUCUCUUUGUUCCUUAUUUUAUUGUGGUUCUUUGGGUUUAGGUUGGUUGUGCUGGUUUCCUAGAUGGGAUGAGAUUAUCAUGACGUUGGUGCAUGUUGGGAAGGAGAAGGGCAGGGUAUGGCUAUUUGUCGAUUUGGAUCUUGGGAAUGUACUUUUGUGUGGCAAUUGAAAUUUCCUGUCUGGGGAUUUGGGUUGCAUGGAUUGUUUCAUCCCUUUUCUCGUGCUUGGGACAGAACUGGGAUAUUUUUGUU